AUCGGGAAACAUUUCCGUGGAAGCCUUCAAGCAUCGGCAGCGGCAUAGAGUGUCUGUUUGCGUGCAGUUUUAUGCUAGUUUUCGUCUUAUUUAGCUCCCAAAAUGCCGUAUGCGAACCAGCCGACGGUGAAAAUCACAGAACUGACAGACGAAAAUGUCAAGUUCGUCAUUGAGAACACAGAUUUGGCGGUUGCCAACUCUCUCCGUCGUGUCUUCAUGUCAGAAGUUCCCACAAUAGCAAUCGACUGGAUCCAGAUCGAUGCCAAUUCGUCAGUUUUGCACGAUGAGUUCAUCGCACACAGAGUUGGCCUCAUACCGCUCACCAGCGACGACAUCGUGGACAAAAUGCAGUAUUCAAGAGAUUGUACCUGUGAUGAUUUCUGUCCGGAGUGUUCGGUGGAGCUCACGCUGGACGUCCGAUGUACCGAAGACCAGACACGUCACGUCACAUCACGUGACCUGUUCUCCACCAACCCCAGAGUUAUCCCAGUGACUUCCAGGAACAGAGACAAUGAUCCAAAUGACUACGUAGAACAAGACGACAUUCUGCUGGUGAAGCUUCGUAAAGGUCAGGAGCUUCGACUCAGAGCUUAUGCCAAGAAAGGCUUCGGUAAGGAACACGCCAAGUGGAACCCGACAGCGGGGGUGUCCUUCGAGUACGACCCAGACAACGCAUUGAGACACACGGUCUACCCACGACCUGAGGAGUGGCCGAAGAGUGAAUACUCAGAGAUUGAAGAGGAUGAAGUUCAGGCUCCCUAUGACCCCAAUGGGAAGCCAGAAAGGUUCUAUUACAACGUGGAGUCGUGCGGCUCUCUGCGACCAGAGACCAUCGUCAUGUCGGCGCUCGCUGUCCUCAAGAAGAAGCUGAGCGACCUGCAGACCCAACUGAGCCACGAGAUCCAGAGCGACGUCCUCACCAUCAACUGAAGAGUGUUUUCUAACUGCAGGACCGUCAGUCAGAAAACAGAGCCGCUCUGUUUUUAUCUGCAUACUGGCCUCAGAUCUGUGUUCUGUAUGUAGCAUCUCUCAAUAUUACUGUUAAAAAUGAUCUGUAAUAAUGGAUUAAGUUUCAUUUAUCAUAACUAUUUUCAGUGUCUCAGUUAGGAAAAGUGUAAAAUUUUAUCAGAAGUAACUGAAACAAAAGCUGUGCCCAUGUCUGAAGGUCACUGUCUGACAGUUUGUCUGAUAAGAAUUUAACACUUAAAACUGUUAAUUAUUUUUGUUAAGUGUUCCUUUUUCAAUAAAUCUGUUUUUGAGGAA